AUGUCAUUACAGGGAAUUCUCAUUGAUUUGAAGUGCAGAUUGCCUUGCGAGCUCCCCCACGAUGCGCAUCGCGUCACUCAGACAUCUAUAGAGCCUGAGGGUACCGAUUCUAGAAGCCCAUCUAAGCUUGUUCAGACAUGCAAUUGUGAAGAAAGGCUUAAUGCCCUCGAAGCUGAACUGGCAGAGUUGCGCUGCGCAGUGCGUGAGCUGAGCCAAAACUCGGUCUCUCAGUCACCAGUACCACAAACUGCGCCAAGUAAUCAGAAUACCACAGCCUCGGUCCCAGAGAUAGAUGCUAUAUCACGUGCAAGAACCGAAGCUCAGAUAUCUACAGCUCAUCUAGAGCCACCAGUCGCCCCAGUUCGUGUUAUUCGAAAGAUGUAUACCUGGAUUAAUGGCAAUCCUGAAACUCCAAAGGACAUGGUCGAGUUACCUGAGUCAAUCAGGGCUCAAUUGGCCUCCGAUGGACUCGGCUUGCGUCUGAUUGAGACAUCCAGAAAAAACAUCCCUCGGCUACACUUCGUACAAGAAACCAUCGACAAAGCCUUGAAUGGAGGGUAUAAUCUGCUCUCUAUCACCUGCUUGCUCGCAGGCAUGCAAACUAAUUUUUCCACCAUCAGCCAAGACCUUCACACUUCACUUUACGGCGUCCUGAAGUCUGAGCUCGCCAAGCUUUCGCUCGAGUCUCCUCUAAGCCCGCCUUCCCUCUACGCGAUGCUUCUUACCUGUAUCCUGAACUUAAGUCUCGGCUUCUCAGACAGUUUUAUCGAUGCGUGGCUCUUGAGUGGCUCGCUCAUCCUCCACCUUAUGCUGUCGUUGGACUUUCCUGCACUGCAGCAAGCGACUUCAUACUUACGAUAUACAGAGGAUGACAAAAACCGGGUACUGACGUGGAAUGCUGCAUGUCUUCAACACCUCAAAUUUACUAUCGGUGUAGGGAAGCUGUCCGCUGUGCGACUGGACCUGGCGGCACAUUACAUCGACAUAGUUAAGAAUGCAGAAGGUUUCAACAAACUGGACAAGGAAGUUGUUGCCGAACUUGAACUUUUUAUAUUACUAUACCGAGGCAUUGUCGAGGAGCAUAUCCCAGCAAAUGAACUUCAAAGCAAUCUCACACAGUGGUAUACUGCUAAUGCAAAUCUGCUUAACCUUGACGAUAGUCUAAAGCUAAAGUUUGCUCUCUCAACAUUCGGCUUACUAGCCAAUAGAUGGGAACUGUCGCAACGACACAAGGAAGACAUCAACAACGCCGGCGAGAAUGCUGUAUAUGAACAGCAGAUCGAGAGCAUACUAGAACACAGCCACCGAAUCAUACGCUUCUGCAGGGAAAUGACAAGGCAGAAAAGGAUCAUCCACACUUUCGACUUCCUUAUGGGCGCUUAUGCACACGUUACGCUGGUCGAGUUCUCAGAUCAUCUUGAGGACAUUGAUAAGACCUUUCGUCUUAUGGAGGAAGUGCAGAAUCUUCGAAAGGGUACUUAUGUUGUUGAACCAGUCUCUAUCUGGGCCAUGAACAUGAUGAGAAAACGGGUUUACGAUGCGGCACGACCAGAGAAGGACACACAAGCUGAUACGUUGCCUGGACUUGAUGUUUGGUGGCCACCUUUUGAAGCUUUGAGCAGCAGGAUGGAGUAUACCUCAGCAGAAGUAAGCGAGCGAGAUCAACAGUAG